GGCGGUGACGGGGCUGGGACGGGGCAGGUCCGGGGCCGAAUCCACGCGGGAGGUGUCCGCCCGCCCCCGAGGCACAGAGUGUCCGCCCGCCGCGCUCCAACCCUCGCUCCGUCCUCACGGCCAUGGUGGUGGUGGCCCCGACCCAGACCCCGGCCUCGGCCGCGCCUAAGGUGCUGCUCCUGUCCUCCGGGAAGCCCCCCGCACCUGGCGCCGCCUCCACCCUACCUCUCGUGCUGCCCCCGAGCCCGGAGGCGACGAGCGGGGCACCCGGCCCGGGCCCCGGCCAGAGCCCGGCCCGCAAGCGGCAGCGCCUCACACACCUGAGCCCGGAGGAGAAGGCGCUGCGCAGGAAGUUGAAAAACAGAGUAGCAGCACAGACAGCUCGAGACAGGAAAAAAGCUCGAAUGAGUGAACUGGAGCAACAAGUGGUGGACUUGGAAGAAGAGAACCAAAAACUUUUGAUUGAAAAUCAACUUUUGCGUGAGAGAACUCAUGGGCUUGUGAUUGAAAAUCAAGAGUUAAGACAGCGCUUGGGGAUGGAUGCCCUAAUGCCUGAAGAGGAGGAAACGGAAUCCAAGGUGAACGAUGUCCGCGCGGUGGCCGGGUCUGCUGAGUCCGCAGCACUCAGACUAUGUGCGUCUGCAGCAGGUGCAGGCCCAGCUGUCACCCUUCCCGAACACGUCGCUGUGGAUUCUGAUGGCCUUGACUCUUCAGACUCUGAGUCUGAUAUCCUGCUGGGCAUUCUGGACAACCUGGACCCAGACAUGUUCUUCAGAUAUGUCACGGCAGAGUGCGGCCUGGAGGAGCCUAGAGAGGUGGGAGCUGCCGAAGAGCCCAGCUCCUUACCGGCCUCCCCUUCUCCUCUGGUGGGGCCCCCAUCAGCCAAGCUGGAAGCCAUUAAUGAACUGAUCCGUUUUGACCACGUGUACACCAAGCCGCUCGUCUUGGAGCUUCCCUCUGAGGCGAGUGGUCCAGGCAGCGUGGUAGUGAAAGUGGAGGAAGCCCCUCUGAGCCCCACUCUGAAGCCGGAGCCCCCGGAGCCGCUCACGGUGUCUGUGAAAGAAGAACUCCUCGAGGAUGACUUUAUCCCAGAGCUUGGAAUGGAAAACCUGCUCUCCUCCAGCCACGGCCUCAAGGCCUCUCCCUACCUGCUGGAUGCUUGUAGUGACUCUGGGUACGAGGGUUCUCCUUCCCCUUUCCACGAGCUGUCCUCCCCCCUCGGCACAGGCCACUCUUGGGAGGACACUUUUGCCAAUGAACUCUUCCCGCAGUUGAUCAGCGUCUAAGAUAGUGUUGUCGUCCUCUUGCCCCGUCGUAGCCCACCCGCGCUCUGAAGGGCCGCGGCCCGAUAGUGGUGGGGAAGGUGGCCGGCGGCCGGGCAUCGCCCUUAGCUGGCUCCUGGGGUCCGCAGCGAGGUGUCCGACCGCCUGAGUGAGAGAGGAGGGGACGGUGGGAUUCCUUAGCUUUCCUCUCCCCUUCCCACUUUGCUCCAUUCUGCCCCUUCAGGGGGGCCUUUAGUUUGCUUGUAUGAGCAGAGAAAACAGCUGUUGGGGGGUGGGGGGGGUGGGUUGUCCAGUAUGUACAGUUGGAUAACGUGAACAUUAGAAGAAAUCUUUUGUAAAGCUACCCAGAUUGACUGUAAACGCUUGCCUAGAUGAACUCUUUCAUGUGAGCUUGGCUUCAGGGAGGUGCUUUCUCCAUUUCUCCAUUAUUUAAACUACCCGUGCAAUUAAAAAAGUGCAAUGCA